AUGGGUCGACACGCAAAUCCAGAUAUCCGACGCGCCUUCAGCGAAUUCGAAGAUACCGAUUCGCCGUCAAAAUGUCUGAAGGUCCGCUGUCUUCACUGCGGCUAUACCAGAGCGAAAAACACGACGCGCCAGAUCGAACAUCUACAGACAUGCCAGCAAUACCUCGCGUCUCCCGAUGCGCAACAGCACAUGCAGUCAGACCACGGCGCCAUCGACGCAGACUCACAACGUGCCAUGCUGAAUGGCACACAUCCCAAUCCCAAUCUGCAAGUCCAUCGUCGCGGCCCGAACCAGAACAAGCGGAGUCGCGAGAGCAUGCUGGCACCUGGGCCCUCUCCGCAGCCUCGCAGUGCUCCUGCCUCGCAAUUUCAGCCGUCGCUCACAAAUCACCUGCUCACUCAGUGUCAGGCUGCAUUCAGUUCCGCGACGCAGCAGCCUUUCCUGUCUCACGCUGGGUGCGGCACCCUCUCUGUGGGACCUCUCGCACAAUGGAUGGUCCAGGAUGGCCACUACACCAAGAGCUACAUUCAGUUCCUUGGUGCGAUGAUUAGCAAGAUACGGCUGCCGGAAGUUGCAAAUUCGCAGUUCCACCCUAUGUACCGCACUCUGGAUCUGCUGAUUUCUGCGCUGAACAACAUCCGACGCGAGAUGUCGUUUUUCGAGAUCACGGCGACUAAGUACGGGAUACAGCUCAGUUCAGACCCUCCAACCCACAUCACGAGGGCAUAUAUGGAUUUGUUCAAUAGUGUCUCAAGUCCCAGCGCAACAUUGCUUGAAGGCAUGGUCGUGCUAUGGGCCACCGAACACUGCUAUCGUACAGCCUGGAUGUACGCCUCAUCCUUCACCUCCACCCUCUCCGGUCCCAGCAAUGAGAACCACAUCGCCGCCCUCCACCAAUCGCUCAUCCCUAACUGGACCUCCCCUGCCUUCUCCAAGUUUGUCGAUGCCUGUCGCUCCCUCGUAGAUGACCUUGCAAACUCAAGCACCAAUGCGAACGGUAAGGAGGAGAUGACCCGCUGUGAGCAGGUUUUCCAGCAGAUCUGUUGGCUACAAGAACGCUUCUGGCCCGAUGUCGACGGCAUGGGCGAAGAAGACGACAGCGGAAGGUAUGAAGGCCCUACAGGCUUUUCGUCUACGAGUGGGAUCGGUGGAUCGGUGAACGGGGGUGGUCUUGGGGGCGCGCCGGAUGCAAACGGGCUGUCGAGUGGAACGUUUGGAGGCGCGUUGAAUGGGAUUGGAGAAUCUACAGGAGGUGCAGCGAAUUGA